AUGAACUUCGUAACAGGAAAUCCAAGAGAAGCAAUUUCAUUAGAUAAGCUUAGGAAUGUUCUUAUUCGCUUAGAGGAUACUAUAAUUUUUGCACUUAUCGAAAGAUCCCAGUUUGCCCACAAUGAUAUUAUUUACAAACCCGGCGCAUACAAGUAUAGAGGAAGUGAUGAAUUAUCGACGAGCUUCCUCGAGUAUUUCUUGUGGGAGAUCGAGAAAGUUCAUGCAAAAGCAAGACGAUAUCAAAGUCCUGAUGAGUACCCUUUUACGGGCCCUCUUCCUGACCCGGUCAUCCCGCCUCUGGAAUAUCCGCGGAUUCUUAAACCAAAUAACAUAAAUGUCAAUUCCAAGAUAAUGGAAUUUUACAUUAAUCAUAUUGUACCUUCUUUAUGCGUUUCUGAUGAUGAUAUGAAUCAUGGCUCGGCUGCAACAAGAGAUAUUGAUUGCUUGCAAGCAUUAUCGCAUAGGAUCCAUUAUGGCAAAUAUGUUGCGGAGGCGAAAUUCCAGGACCCAGACCUACAACCAAAAUACAUACAACUUAUCAAGGCGAAAAACAGAAAAGCUAUUGAAGAUUUACUAACAAACGAGAAAGUUGAGGAAGCUCUUUUAAGAAGGCUUAGACGCAAGGCGUUGACGUAUGGUCAGGAUAUUACAGAAUCAGACAGCAUUAUUGAAGACAAGAACCCGAUUCACAAACACUUAAAAAUUGACGUUGAUGUAGUAGUUGAAUUGUAUGAGAAAUGGGUUAUUCCAUUAACGAAAGAAGUAGAAGUAGAAUAUUUACUACAAAGAUUAGACUAG